ACAAGUGUGUGAUAGUGUGGUUGGAACAAACAUGGAUUCAACUUCCUCUACGGAGAUGAAAGACUCAAGGAGUCCGACUCAUCAUCCAGUCAAAACCUCAGGGAAAUGCAAGGAAGCUGAAGCCAGUGCAGCAAAACAGCUGUUGGACAUCCAUGACCAACUUCCAUCAAGACAAAAGCCUGACCUCUCCCUAGAGAAAAAAAUUGAAAAAGAGAAGCAGAGGCAGAAGAUCCUGAUCAAUGAGCACAACAGACUCAAGCUUGUCGUGAAGCAAAAAGAAGCCAAGUUGAAGGGGCUUCAGAAGACCCUGCAAACAAUGGACCUCCAGCCUACAACCUACAACAGUGAAGACACAUGUAAGCAGCGUAUACGCCAGCUGGAGAAUAACAUAGACAAGAUGCAGGUGAAGAUCACUAAGGCUAGGGAAAUCCAGACUGCCUAUGAACCCAUUCAGGAGAACCUGGAGCAGGAGGUCCGUGCUAUGUACGGAGUAGUGGAGCAGAAAGAGCAUGCAGUUGCUAUUGGACAGGCAAAGAUGGACAAAGCAAGCAAAGAGUCCGAGACAGCUGCAGCUGCUGCAGGCUGCACACUGGGCAGGAUGUUUCAGAUGGAAUAUGAGACAAUGGGAAAGAAAAGAGAGAUGGAUCUUGAGCUGUGUGAACUGAGUGCAGAAGAAAAGGAGCUGAAAAAGCAAAUGGAAACUCUGGGACAACUCAGCCUCACAGGCCAGAGGCUCAGAGAGCAGGACAUUCAAGCAGAAGAAGAAGAGGAGGAAAAAGAAGAAGAAGCAGCACAGUCACUUCCUGCCACAGAUCAGCAGUGUCACGACAUCCGUUGGGCCUCCCAGGCUGACAUGAAGCUGGGGGAGGACUUGGAGGCGCUGAGAGAGUCUCUGGGCUGUGCGGAUGUGCAGGAGCUGGUCAGCAAGGUGGUGUCGCAGCAGGCCACCACGCAGCAGCUCCUCUCUGAGGUGAGCCGCUCUGAGGAGCUGACCCGGCAGGAGGAAGGAGCUCUGACCAAGCUGCAGCUGCAGCAUGCCGAGCUCAAGUUCAGCAGCAAGCCUGCAGCUACAAGGUAA